AUGGGUCUUCUAACAAAAGGGAGCCCGUUAAGCUGGAGCGAAACUGUCCCAUACGUCGAAUACAUUAAGAAACACGGAAUCGCUCAAUUCAUCAACCUUUAUCACCGUUUAAAGAGCCGUCAGGGAGAUCAACUGAAGUGGGGGGAUGAGAUCGAGUACACGAUUGUCAAGUUUGACCAUGAUGGCAAAAAGGUUCGUGUGUCACUCCGCGCGGAAGAGCUUCUGGGACGUCUUUCUGCUGAAGAAGAAGUGAACAAUCUUGUCGGAACGGCAAACAAGUUCUUGUGGAGACCGGAGUUUGCCGCUUAUAUGGUUGAGGGCACGCCCGGGGUUCCUUAUGGAGGUCUUCUCGCCUGCUUUAACGUAGUAGAGGCGAAUAUGAAAAUGCGACGUGCAGCGAUCAAUGGGCUUUUAAAGAAGGAUGAGAGCGUGUUAUCGAUCUCAUUUCCGGCUCUCGGGACCGCCGACUUCACUUUUCCUUCAGCACAAUGUACGCCAGAUGAUGAGCAAGGUGCCGGUAGAAGUCUCUUCUUCCCAGAUGACGCUAUUUACAACGGACAUCCAAGAUUUAAAAAUCUUGUUCGCAAUAUCCGGGGUCGACGAGGUGAAAAAGUGGCGAUCAAUGUGCCCAUCUACAAGGACGAGAAAACAAAUGCGCCAUUCCAGGAAAACUUGGCCCAUGUGAAAGAGGAACACAAGAUGCGCGCUUUGGACGAUCACAUCUACAUGGAUCAUAUGGGUUUCGGGAUGGGUUGCUGCUGUCUUCAGGUGACAUUCCAAGCAGUGAACGUGGAUGAGGCUCGCUGGCUCUACGAUCAACUCACGCCCAUCACUCCUGUUUUGUUGGCUCUCUCUGCUGCAACACCAAUCUUCAAAGGUUUUCUUGCCGACGUUGAUUCACGCUGGGACAUUAUUAGUGCGAGUGUUGACGAUCGUACCGCUGAAGAGCGUGGGUUGAUCCCGUUAGAGAACAGUAAAUGGCGUAUCGAAAAGUCAAGAUAUGACACGACGGAUUGCUACAUCUAUGCUUGCUCGGCCGCUUACAACGACAUACCACUUCAAUAUGACGAGGAGAUCUAUCAGCAACUUCUCGAGGGCCAAAUUGAUGAACAUCUUUCAAAACACAUUGCUCACAUGUUUAUCAGAGAUCCACUACAGGUGUUCCGUGAACGAAUUGAGCAAGAUGAUACGAAAAGCUCCGAACAUUUCGAAACGAUUCAAAGCAGCAACUGGAUGAACAUGAGAUUCAAGCCCCCACCACCGGAUGCACCUGAAAUCGGUUGGCGAGUCGAAUUUCGACCUACUGAAGUUCAACUGACCGACUUCGAGAACGCUGCCUAUUGCUGCUUUGUCGUUUUAUUGACGAGAGUCAUCAUUUCUUUCCGUUUGACUUAUCUACUGCCAAUUUCGAUGAUUGGUGAGAACAUGAAACGAGCACAAAAAAGAGAUGCGGUCACUCAGCAAAAGUUCUUCUUCCGAAAAGGUCUUUCCACUUGUCGCCAGCCGCCAGAGGAGUUUGCUGGUGGAGAAACGAAAUGCACAGGAGGACAACCACGCAGUGAAGACAUUGCCGAGAUGAGCAUUCAUGAAAUUGUCAAUGGCAAAGAUGAAGAAUGGCCUGGUCUGAUCCCGCUCAUCAAACAGUAUCUUGAUUCGGCUGAUGUUGAUGUGGAUACGCGAUGCACGAUUUCACAAUAUCUCAAUUUCAUUUCGAAGCGUGCCUCUGGAGAAAUCUGGACUUUGGCUCACUGGACUCGAGAUUUCGUGCACUCUCAUUCUGCCUACAAGAAAGACAGCUGUGUGCCCGAUGAGACGAUUUACGACUUGCUUUCCUUGAUGAGUGACAUUUCUUCGGGACAGAAGCACUGUGAGCGUCUACUUGGUACCUAUCGCUCAAAGACCGAUCAAUUGAUUCCAUCAGCCGUUCGUCGAGCCGAGGAAAGCCUUGUGAUGAGCAAGCAGAAGCGUUUACAU